AUGGACAUGGAUUACGAUUUUUCUGAAAACUAUGACUUCGCCUUACAAGAAGAAGACUUAGAAAUGCAAGUAGAGCCAGAGUGGAUGGCUCUCAAUCGGCAGUGGACUCAGAACAAUCCGUCAGUCCUGUUCCAAAAGCACUCCUCAGCAGUUCUUGAUGGUUGGGUUACUCUAGCACCUAUUGACCCAGGCGAAAAUUUAUUUAUCAAUGAAGGGUUCAUUAAUUUUAUCCAAAAAUACUUUUAUUUUUAGUAUAUUUCUAAAAAAAUAUGUUUCAAACCUAAUGAAGAGCCUAUGAAUUUAGACAAGCUUUUUAAGCAUCAGCCACCUCCUCGCAAGCGAAGCUUUAUGGACAAAAUGGAUUUGCCUUCACUAGUUGAAGACCCCGAUAACUUCAAUAUUGACAAGCUAUUUGCAGACUGUGACAGCUCUUCUGUAACUUCUGAUACCCGCAAGCGGCAGCUUUGAACUAAAUCAGAAGAAGAACAAUUGUAUAACUUUAUUAACAAUUCUUCAUAAUAUUAAAAUGACAGUUAUGGGAUAGGUCCAUUGUACCUGCUCCGCAGGUAGGGACUUAUGUGAAGGAGGUCGAUCCCCUGGAGAGUCUAGAGUGAAGAGAGAUGUCAGUGCUGAGUCUGGCACAGACCAGAGAAGUCUUUAGUGACUUGAUAACAUUAACGGUUCGACGGUUAGGACGGUCCAACUACCGUUGUUCAGGCUUUAAUCAAGUUGGGCCCCACAAAAGGAGACUGAAUAUUAAGGAAUUUCAAUUAAACUUAAACAAUUCUUACCCUCAUUCAAAAAUCCCUAAUGAAGCCUGAAAUCAGUUAGCCUUGCAGAUGGGAAGAAGCAUGUGCAGUUUAAGGACCAAAGCUACUCAGCUUAUGAAGCAUGGGCUAAAUCAUAAAGUUGAGCCUGCUAAAAGAACAAAAUCGACCAAACCUACCAUAAACACUAUGAUUAACGAAGCUUUAAAAUCUCUCCCAAACAAUACUGGGACAAAGGAAGAAAUUAUUGAAGCCAUUGAAAAAAAUUAUAAAGAUUAUUUGUCAAGUGAAGCUAAUGAAGAUAAUAAAGAGUACAGAUGGAAAAGAAGCGUAAAACAAAUCUUAUGCACAAGCUUCAAAAAAAUCCCUGGAUUUUACUCAUUAAAAAGCAGCACAAGAGUAGCUAAAGUCGCAAAUAAUUCUAUGAAUGAACAUAUAAUUUGGGCACUAAGAACUUAUGGGAAACUUACUAGGAAUGAAUUGAAAUGUAAAAUAAAAGAAAAAUUCGGGGAAAAUUUAAAUUCAGCUGUGAAUAGUGAAAGCAAUUUGCAAGCAUGGGAAAAGACUUUGCUUAAAAAAUUAUGUAGAUGCCCACUUAUAGACACAAGCCAAUCUGAUGAUAAAUACACUUAUAGAAGUUGUUCAGGAGCCCAGGCGUGAGCUCAAUCAGAUUCUUCAGUAAAUAACUCAAUUGGUUACGAUACGUAA